UGGGGUUCCUGUACUGUACGAGGUGAUUUGCUUUCAACUCGCAAUCGAACGGAAAGGUUCUGAGUGUAGUCUCGCGAAACGGGGGCUCGUUUCUUGGCGGUAAAUAGUGAGUGGCUGAAAAUUUCCAAAACAAACCCAAACCGAAAUGGCACUAUUUCGCAUAACUACAGCCAGACUGCAGGAGUCGCAGAAGAUCGUUCCUCAAUUAUCAGUAGUUCUAAGACAGCUCAGUGAUGCCUCCACGGAUCUCAAAGCCGUUUUAGCGGCUAAAAUCCCCAAAGAACAAGAACGUGUUAAGAACUUCCGUAAAAGUCAUGGGGCUACCAAAGUCGGUGAAGUCACCGUUGAUAUGAUGUACGGAGGUAUGAGAGGAAUCAAAGGUUUGGUAUGGGAACCAUCCGUGCUAGACGCCGACGAAGGUAUCCGCUUUCGGGGCCUUUCCAUUCCCGAAUGUCAAAAAGUUCUUCCUAAGGCUCCAGGUGGCAACGAGCCCAUUCCAGAAGGUCUCUUCUGGCUAUUAAUUACUGGAGAUGUACCUACAGAUGCCCAGGCCAAAGCCAUUUCGAAAGAAUGGGCUGAACGUGCUGAAUUACCUCCCCAUGUGGUAACCCUGCUCAACACUCUACCCAGCAAUGUUCAUCCUAUGUCGCAAUUGUCCGCUGCCAUCACUGUCUUGAACAGCGAAAGCAAAUUCGCUAAAGCCUACGCUAGCGGAGUGCACAAGUCCAAAUAUUGGGAAUACGUUUAUGAAGAUUCCAUGGAUUUGAUCGCCAGAUUGCCAGUAGUUGCCGCCACGGUGUAUAGAAAUACCUAUCGGGAUGGAUCAGGAAUUGGUGCCAUUGAUACAUCCAAGGAUUGGUCUUACAACUUCACUCAGAUGCUGGGCUAUGAUGAUCCCAAAUUCAUCGAAUUGAUGAGAUUAUAUCUUACCAUCCACAGUGACCAUGAAGGUGGUAAUGUCUCUGCUCACACCACGCACUUGGUGGGAUCAGCUCUUAGCGACCCUUAUUUGUCAUUUGCCGCUGGUUUGAAUGGUUUGGCUGGACCACUUCAUGGAUUAGCCAAUCAAGAAGUACUCUUGUGGAUUCAAAAACUCCGCCAACAAGUUGGUGACAAAUACACUGAGGAGCAAUUGAAAGAGUUCAUCUGGAAAACUUUGAAGUCUGGUCAAGUAGUACCUGGUUACGGUCAUGCCGUUUUAAGGAAGACUGACCCACGUUACACGUGUCAACGAGAAUUCGCUUUGAAACAUCUUCCCGAGGAUCCCCUCUUCAAGCUGGUGUCCGACAUCUAUAAAGUAGUGCCACCAAUUCUGUUGGAACUUGGCAAAGUGAAGAACCCAUGGCCAAAUGUAGAUGCUCACUCUGGAGUACUAUUACAGUAUUAUGGACUUAAAGAAAUGAACUACUAUACUGUACUCUUUGGUGUUUCAAGAGCUCUUGGUGUAUUAGCUGCCCUUGUUUGGGACCGUGCUCUUGGUCUGCCCAUUGAACGACCAAAGUCAUUGUCAACCGAUAAUCUCAUGAAAUCUUUGAAAGCUUAAAGUUCAAUUUUAAAGGUUUAUGUGAAAUGUGUUAUUCGCGGUUUAUGUAAUUUAGGCUCUGUUGGUAAGUCUGUAUCAUAACUGGGAAUAACAUUUUUUUCAUAGUUUUAUUGUGAUUGUCGGAGUGAUUUAUUUAAACUUAUCAUAUCGUCGGUUACCUGUUUACAUACAAAUUGCGUAGUUUGGUAAGGAUGCCCCAGUUUUAAGUUACCUUCAUCAAAAUUGAUCACAUAACCAAAAGUAAAGCUCAAUAAGCUAGGAAUGUACAAAUAUAUCAUUCAAUUUUGAAUACGUUUUGCUUGUUGUGCGCGAUUACUUAGUAGUUUUAUUUAUUUCGACCAUAUUUGUAGAUUACUUACUUUACUCAAUUUAUUGUACAGGAUUUUUCAAACAAUCGUCUCAAUGAAAUGUAAUUAGAAGUUCAAUAAUAAGACAAUACAUAUUUAUAAA